CUGCCGGCGAGAGUAACAUCUACAGGAAACCUCCCAUCUAUAAGCGACACGACAACCUCCCUGCAGCCACAAAAAGCAAAACCAGUGAAGACAUUGCGCAGUCAUCCAAGUAUAGCCCUGCCUACUCCCCGGACCCCUACUACCACUCUGAGUCGGAGUACUGGUCCUUCCAAGGCUCCCCCAAAGCCCCCCGGGCCCGGAGGUUCUCGUCAGGAGGCGAGGAGGAUGGGUACGACCGGGGCAUGCACAAGAUCCAGAGUGGCAUCGGUAGGCUGAUCCUGAGGGAGGAGAUGAAGGCUCGGUCCAACUCCUAUGCAGAUCCAUGGACACCCCCUCGCAGCUCGGCCAGCAGCAGAGAAGCCCUGCACACGGCUGGCUACGACGGCUCUCUCAACGGCUCUCCCCGGACGCAUUACCUGGCUGACAGCGAUCCCCUCAUUUCUAAGUCGGCCUCCCUUCCUGCCUACAGGAGGAACGGGCUGCACAGGCCUCCCAGUGCUGAGCUUUUCCACUACGACAGCACAAACGCGGUCAACUGGGGGAUGCGAGAGUACAAGAUAUACCCCUAUGAGCUGCUCCUGGUGAAGACAAGGGGGAGGAACCAGCUGCCCAAAGAUGUGGACAGGACUCGAUUAGAGCGCCACCUCUCCCAGGAGGAGUUCUACCAGAUUUUCGGUAUGACCAUCGCCGAGUUCGACCGCCUGGCCCUGUGGAAGAGGAACGAGCUGAAGAAGCAGGCCCGACUGUUUUAAAUGCAGUGCACUAUAAAUAUAUACAUACCUAUAAAUAUAUACAUAGAAAGAUCUCUAUAUUGCAGCUCUGUAUGAUUCUCAGUGCUGUACGUGGCAGAGGCACCCUCUGCACCCCUGAGAGUGAAUUGGAGUCUCGCAGAU